AAAGAAAGAAAUCUCUGUAAGGCUGUUCUCUGUGUGCCCAACACAGAAGUUUCAAUUGCGAAGUUGCGUGAAUGUUUUGAGGAAUGGCAACUCAGGAUACCGGAGAAGAAAAUCAGCAAACUGAGAAUUCCCAAGCUGGUGGUUUCAUUGGAGCAGUGGAAGCAAAGUAUAGGGAAAUCAAAGAGCAUGCAGAGACCUACCCUUAUGUGUGGGCUUCCUACGGUGUUGUAUAUGGUGGUUUGGCCCUCUGGACUACCUACAGAUGGAGGAAGCUUCGAAAGACUGAAAAUCGAGUACGAGCACUUCAGGAGAGAUUACGCAAGCAUUAUGAAGCUGAGGAGCGUGCAAGUGCAACCAUAAGCUCAAGCACAAGUCGAAACCCUGCCACCCCAGUUCAAAAGCCUGCCACCCCAGUUCAAAAUGUCCCUCCACCAUCUGCUGACAAAACCCCUAAAUAGUGAAGUUAUUGACAAUUUUGUUCAGCUUUGUGAAAUUAGCUCUCAGUUUGAACACAGAUUGCUUGGUUUAUCUGUAGCUAAUAUCACCAUCAUUUUGCCCGAUUGUGACUUCCCUUAAUUUUCCCCCAAGUUAAUAGGGGUUUGUAUCGAUGUCCGAAAGAAAUGCACAA